AUGGAGGAACAAGUGGAUCGUCUGGUCCGCAAGACCUGGGACAAAUACCACCAGCUGCCGCGGUCGCAGCGGCUGCUCAUCGGCGUGUCGGGCAUUCCUGGCAGCGGCAAGACAACCCUUGCGGCCGAGGUGGUGAAGCGCAUCAACGCCUUGUAUCGCGCCGAACAGCCGGGCACGAGUGCCGGCGAGCCACCCAUUGCCGCUUUCGUGCCCAUGGAUGGCUACCACCUGUCGAGGGCUCAGCUCGAUGCCAUGCCGGACCCUUACACGGCACAUGCCCGCCGUGGAGCCCACUUCACCUUCGACGGUGACAGCUUCCUCGUUCUGGUCAGGGAGCUGCGCAAGCCACUGGCUCCAGAAAGCCACACGUUGUAUGUCCCGAGCUUUGACCACGCCACCAAGGACCCCGUUGCCGACGACAUCGCCAUCGCACCCACCACCCGUGUCCUCGUUUUCGAGGGCAACUACUUGACUCUGGACCGUGAGCCUUGGCGCGAGGCGGCGCUCCUGAUGGACGAGCGUUGGUUCGUGGAGGUCGACUUUGACACGGCCAGAGACAGACUCAUCAGCAGACACGUCAAGGCGGGCAUUGCCAAGGACGAGGCCGAUGCGCACAAGCGCGUCACCGAGAACGACUUGGUCAACGGGCGCCAGAUUGUCGAUGAGAGAGUGCGCGUGGACGAGUUCCUACAGAGCAGGGAGGACGAAACAUGGAGACCCGAGGCCCAGCGCGUCGGCCAGUAG